CCGGGCUCGGUGGGCCCUGCCUGCCGCGGAGAUUUCCCAGCCCAGCCUUCUCCAGAAGUUAGCUGCCGGUCUGCUGGUGAAAGAGACCGCGAGGUCACGUUCAGAGCGGGGCGCGCGCGCGGGGGGUGUGAAUGAGCCACCAGGACACGGGUCCUGGGGACCCCAACUGGCUCUUCUCGCUUCCCUUGAACCUCAGCGUCCUCGGGUUGGAAAGAGAUGAGGCCGGCACAAUCUCCUCAGACAUCGACGGCCCGUUCUCGACGAUGUAUGCAACCCAGAAAUGGAAAAGCGAACAGAUUAGAAGCAUGAAAGGCAGGGAGAAGCCUUUUUUAGGGGGUGCAAGGCUAAGUCGGCGGAAGCAGAAGUGGGCUUUGGAUCCAAGAAAUACCAGGUGGAGUAAUGAUGACUCCAAGUUUGGCCAGAGGAUGCUGGAGAAGAUGGGGUGGUCUAAAGGAAAGGGUUUAGGGGCUCAAGAGCAAGGAGCCACAGAACAUAUUAAAGUUCAAGUUAAAAAUAACCACCUGGGACUUGGAGCCACGAUCAAUAACGAAGACAACUGGAUUGCUCAUCAGGAUGAUUUUAACCAGCUUCUGGCUGAACUGAACACUUGUCAUGGACCAGAAACAGCAGACUCCUCAGACAACAAGGAAAAGAAAUCUUUCAGCCUUGAGGAAAAGUCCAAAGUCUCCAAAAACCGUGUUCAUUAUAAGAAAUUCACAAAAGGGUUGCUCUCCACCCCGACCUGCUACAGGACAGAAGACAGGCCUUGCUGGCCCUUCAGUCCUUUUGAGGAGAGGCUGAAGGAUGAUUCCAGUCCCGCCACUCCAGAUGGGAAUGAAAACUCUACUACGACAACCAGCACCUUCACCAUCCAGGAGUACUUUGCCAAGCGGAUGGCAGAGCUAAAGAACAAGCCACAGGUUGUUGCUGCAGGGCCUGACCUUCCAGAGACCCAAAUGGAAAGGAAAAAGGGAAAGAAAAGAAAGAAAGAGGCAAAAAAUAAAAAUGUGGAGAAUUACACCCAACCCAAGACCAAGAAAAAGAGAGACCAAGCUGAGCAGCAGCUCGGAGACCCUCAGGGGGACGAGAAUUCUGAUGCUUCUGCUGAGGAUGGAGAAGACUGUAUGUGGCCAUUUGAUGACCAGGACUUACCACCAAAGCCCAAAAAAAAGAGAGAAAAGAAAAAGCUACAAAAGCAGGUUGAGGCAGAAAUGGAUGCUACUGUAGAUGAAACACCAGUGAAAAAGAAGAAGAAAAAGAAGAAAGAUUCCAAGUAAAUUCUUUUGAGCCAGGGCCUUCUAACCACUCAGGUGUCAGGGCACUGCCAGGCUGCCUUGGCCUGGAGUCAGAGCAGAGUUCACCCAAGAGAGUGUGUGCACAUCUUUUAACAUGCCCGCGGAUUGCUGGGUCUCGCCCUCUCACCACAUUUUCCCCAAACCAUUUUCCAAGGACUUUUUAAUGUUUCAAAUCAUGACUCUCAUGAACAAAUAAAUUUCUUUGUAGACUCUGA